AAUUGCUAUUUUUUUCCCUUGCAGUUUCUGCUUUGUGGCAUAUGUGGAAUAUUGUGCGCCAAAAAAAAAACCGGACUUGUUAUGAUACUUUUUUCAGCCUGUUGCAUCUGUGGACUAAUUGGAGGAAUACUGAAUUUCCAAUUCCUUCGUGCUCUCACAAAGAAGUCCUCUGCUCUCUAUUCUUUGCAUCUUGCCUCCAUGUCUCUUGCAUGCAUUGGAAUUGGUGGCUGCACCCUUUCUUCAUGGCUCACUUGUCGGCUAGCCAGCUAUGAACAAAGGAGGAUGUUCUCAGAAAGAGAACAUUCGCUGCAUCACUCCCAUGAAAUGGCAGAGAAAAGAAUGAGGGGUAUUGAAAUAACCGACCUGCCCAGCUGCCCGGUGGUUCCCCCAACACCAGAGUUACCUCCAAGGAAAUGACGGACAACCUAAGCAAUGGAGGCCCACAUCUGAUUUAUAAUGGAAGAGUGUACUAAGAGAUUUAAAAGUUCAAGGAACAAAACGUUUUGAGAUUUUCUUCAGGAAAAAAAUAUAAAUAGCCACCAAGAGACUGAUGUGAAACUGAAACAAUCUUGGCUUUUAUUACUAAAAUUUCACAAGUGCAGAACAGCACAGUUGGAAUUCCAUUUAGAAGCGUGUACUAAAUUCCUUUCCUAAGUACUUUGCUGAUAUAUAAUAUUUAUUCAUCCCCCUUAUAACCCUGAUCCCCAACCUUUUUUGGUCUGAUUAACUUUCCAAAAUUGUGAUAGCAUUUGAAACAGACUUUUAAGACUCUUCUUCUCAAGAAGACUUUAUAAAAUCAUUAAAAAGAAGAGAGAUUAACCAGCAGCUUGUUUCAUGAAGAAAGUGCAAAUUGGACUUUAAAAAGCUUGCAUUUCACAUGCAGAGUACACAUGAACAAAUGAUGGGCGUGCUGAAAACAACACUGAUGUCUUUGUUUUGAAAGACAGAAUGUUUUAAGAAUGCCAUAAAUCAAAACCUCAACAAUGCCUUGUUGUAAAGAGACUGUAAAUAUUUCCAAUUUGUGAAUGAAGUAUAUUUCGUAAUUUGUUCAUAAAAGAUGACCAAUAAAAUGAAAUCUAA